GAAAAAUAACGAAGCAACUUGGGCUCGAUGGCGCCGAUGGACCCGAGGACGGAGAGGGUAGUUCGCCGGACGGCGAUGGUCGGCGCAGUCGUCGCCACGUACCUUCUCCUCACUGCCGACUACGGCCCCAACUACACCAACCCGAUAAGGAAGGCUAUGGAAUCCUCACGACUAUCUCUCAAAGACCUUAUAUUCAAAUCUGGUAAGGAUGGGCAUAUGAAGGAACAAGAAAAUUCAGAGUCAGAUGGUAAAAAGUAGCAGAUUCUGCGUGUAGCUACUGAAGAUCGUGAACGAUGUCAGUAUCGCGUCACUGUGUAUUUCUGUCCGUACAAACAAAACUGUAAUAGUAAGUCAUCUUUUGUUUUGCGUUUCUUCUUACUUCAUCGUGUAUCCUUCAGAUCAUCAUGCUUGUGUUCCAGUGUAUCC